AUAAAUAGAUAAGUAUUUAAAAUUAAAAUUAAGGGGUAAGAGUUAUUUAACAUUUCUAUGUACAGCAACUGAGUGGGUAAUUUUUAGUGCCGUGUCUAACUUCAGGAAAGUUAUAUAAAUAUGUGACAUUACUUAAAGCUAUCAUGUAGCUUAAUGAAUGUUAUUGAUAUACCCUCUAUAAUCAAUGUUAUCAAUAAUAUUAAAAAUGAGCAGACACAUAUUCUUCAAAAUUCAGGGUUGACUUGCAAACUCUGCUGUCUUUGAAGAGGAUAGUAGAACCGUAGUUAACAUAAAGCUAUGUUAAAAUUACAAUUAGGCAAAAUCUUCAAGACAACUUCAUUGAAUGAGUUCAGAUCUCAUACAAGAAAUUUCAGCCUGUGAAAUUGAGAUUCUUUUUCAGUGAGUGAUGGAGAUACACAUAUCACAAAAUAUUUUCUGUGACAAAUGAUAGAAGCAUCCAAUGACUAUCAUAGGAUUGGCUCCUCCAUUAAUAUUUUCCUGCAGAAGGAGCACAACACCAUGACUCCAAAAGUUCACCAAUCUAGGGUCACAGAAUACCAUGACCUAUGAUGAUUUGCAUAUUGACUUCACUUGGGAAGAGUGGACUUUGCUGGAUACUUCUCAGAAGAAUCUCUACAAAGAUGUUAUGCUGGAGACCUACAUGAACCUCAAUGAUAUAGGAUACAGUUGGGAAGACCAUACGAUUGAAGAACAUUGUCCACGUUCUAAAAGACAUGGCAGGCAUGAAAGAUCACAUACUGGAGAGAAACCCUAUGAAUGUAAUCAGUGUGGUAAAGCCUUUACUCGUUACAGUAGUCUUCAAAUACAUGAAAGAUCACAUACUGGAGAGAAACCCUAUGAAUGUAAUCAGUGUGGUAAAGCCUUUACUCGUUACAGUAGUCUUCAAAUACAUGAAAGAUCACAUACUGGAGAGAAACCCUAUGAGUGUAAUCAGUGUGGUAAAGCCUUUGCUCAGAAAAGUGCUCUUAAAGUGCAUAAAAGAACACAUUCUGGAGAGAAACCCUAUGAAUGUAAUUAUUGUGGUAAAGCCUUUGCUCAACACAGUACUCUUAAAAUGCACGAAAGAUCUCAUACUGGAGAGAAACCCUAUGAAUGUAAUCAGUGUGGUAAAGCCUUUGCUAGUUACAGUCUUCUUCGAACGCAUAUAAGAAUACAUACUGGAGAGAAACCCUAUGAGUGCAAUCAGUGUGGUAAAGCCUUUGCUCAGCACAGUUAUCUUCAAGUGCAUAAAAGAAUACAUUCUGGAGAGAAACCCUAUGAAUGUAAUCACUGUGGUAAAGCCUUUGUGUCCCAGAGACAUCUUCAAAUACAUGAAAGAUCACAUACUGGAGAGAAACCCUAUGAAUGUAAUCAGUGUGAUAAAGCCUUUGCUCAGCACAGUGCUCUUCAAGUACAUAAAAGAACACAUUCUGGAGAGAAACCCUAUGAAUGUAAUUAUUGUGGUAAAGCCUUUGCUCAACACAGUACUCUUAAAAUGCACAAAAGAUCUCAUACUGGAGAGAAACCUUAUGAAUGUAAUCAGUGUGGUAAAGCCUUUGCUAAGCAUAAUACUCUUCGAAUGCAUAAAAGAUCUCAUACUGGAGAGAAACCCUAUGAAUGUAAUUAUUGUGGUAAAGUCUUUGCUCACAACAAUACUCUUCAAAUGCAUAUAAGAACACAUACUGGAGAGAAACCCUAUGAAUGCAAUCAGUGUGGUAAAGCCUUUGCUCAGCACAGUGCUCUUCAAGUGCAUAAAAGAAUACAUUCUGGAGAGAAACCCUACGAAUGUAAUCACUGUGGUAAAGCCUUUGCUCGGCACUGUUCUCUUCAAGUGCAUAAAAGAACACAUUCUGGAGAGAAACCCUAUGAAUGUAAUCACUGUGGUAAAGCCUUUGCUCAGUACUGUUCUCUUCAAGUACAUAAAAGAAUACAUUCUGGAGAGAAACCCUAUGAAUGUAAUCACUGUGGUAAAGCCUUUUCUCAGCAUUGUUCUCUACAAGUGCAUAAAAGAACACAUUCUGGAGAGAAAUUAUAUGGAAAGGAUUUUGCAAGUCAGUUUUCUUUAAACCCAUAAAAGAACACUUACUGUCAUCAAAGCAGUUUAAGGUAACCAGUGGGGUAAAGCUUUUACUUAUAUUAGGAGUCUUUGAAACAUUAGAAAAAAAUCAUACUGCAUUGAAAGUAUAAAUAUAGUCAGUUUGCUUUAAUUUUGCACUUUAUAGAAGAGUAAACCUUUGUGGGGAAUCAAUCUGUUAAAGCCUUUAAAAGUUAUAAUCAUUUUUGGUGGGAUCUUUAGCCAUCACACUUCCAAUCAGUUAUACAACAGCAUUUUAUUUGUAGAAAAUAAUUGACAGUGUCAACCAUCUGUGCAAGCAUUAUGAUAUUCAUUUAAUAUUCAUCCUCCAGCACCCUCAUGGAAAAAAUGGAUAUAUGAACUUAUGAAUCCUUAUGUGUAGUGUAACAGGGCCAGCAAAGAAAGACACCCCGGCCCAGAAACCAGAUCCAGUGAAAGAAACAAACUUUGGCCCUAAAACUUGAGCCAAAGGAACACACCCUGAAACAAGACCAAAAUGGUUAAAAAGGGUCAGGGAAACAAAUACACUUUGGCCCUGAACCCAAAGGCAAAGAAACAAACUCAAUUCUGACCAGCUGAGGAAAAAUUCAACUAAUACCCGAGCUCAAAACCAACCAAUCCACAAGCAGGAAUCCAGCCAAUCUCAAUAUUUUUCACUCUCAGGGUUUGAAAUUUUAUCAAAUAGCAUUCUGAAAAAUGUUCUGUGUAAAAAAACUAUGCCCCUAAGAAGACAUAUAUAAACCAUAUGCUUGUUCAGGUGGCAGAUGGCAUUUUCCACACUGGUAGUAGCUGAUAACUUUCCUGGAUUGCUCCUUCUCAAAUAAUUCUGUUCAAUGAGUUUCAGUGAAGAACUUCUUUUGCCAGAGUGGAUAUGAAACGCCCUAGAAGUAACAUACACCUUUGCUGGAAAACUCCCUUGAAACAGCAGAGUAGAAGAAAAAACUUUUCACUGGUGAUGUAGCAGCCUGCUACAUUUCUGGAGCAUUUUCCCCCAAGUUGGGUGAAACAGAGCAGUGACAAUUUGGCCUGCAUCAAAGAAGAAAUAUUUAGCAUUGCUUGGCACCUCCCUUGUGGAGAAGAGAAGAUAAGCAAUGGACACUUCUGGUAAAUUUUCUUAGCAGGGUGGAGCAAAUUCAGUUGUCAUGAUCUCUCUCUGAGAGACAGGAGUGCUACAUACUGACCGGAGACCAUCCCCCACUGGAACACAACUUCAUGUAUAGCCUGACUUCCUGACUCUCAGAAGCUGAGAAGAAUGCUGCUGCCAUCAAUCAGUGGCAUUCCUGGGCUAGAUAACAAAAAAACAACAAGAAAAUCACAUUUGAUGCCCCAUAUUUUGUUCCAAAUUUCUUCUGUUUCUCUGUUUAAAUUCUCUAACCAAAAGCAAGUCAGGUAGUGAACAAGUUUAUUUGGUUGAUAUCCCUAUGUCACUGUCCAUCUUUGUGGGAACUUAGAUUAGACAAUCAAGCUAAUAAAGGUAAAACAUGAGGAAACAUUGCUUCCAAGGUAUCUCUCUUGCUUUCUAACUCUCUAGUGCUAAGCUUGCUGUCUUAUGCAGCCCAGGCCUACUUGUUUAGAGAUAUGGCCAACUCAAAGGAAGAGACUUCAAACAUCAAUCAUAAAUCAACACAAACUGUCUCAGACACAGAAGUCAGAUAUUCUGAUUUAGGUACACCCUCAGUGUUCCAUUACAUAUCUCUAAGCUAUUUCAUAUUUGUAGGGAAAAGGAUCUAACCAAGGAAAAAUACCCUUGCCCUAAAACUAGAGCCAUAAAGCCAAAAAGACCAGUAAAGGGCUUUAUAAGAGGGCCUUUGUAAGGAGAUCUAGGAAUUGAGAUGGGAUUUCCUACUUUUCCUGGAUGACCCUUUGGACCUUUUCAUAAUUUACUGCUUUAAGAGCAGCCUUGUGGAGACCAACCAUAAGGCAAGUUAAAAAUCGCUUUCUAGCUAGGAUGCCCCCUGAGGUAUUGUAAUUCCACUCAGGCUACUGGUCAGGGACUGUUAUAGCCCCAACUGGGUAGGUAUCAUCGGUUUGGUGGACUUCAUCUGCAUAGGCCCUAGCCUGUUCCCAGACUCUCUCUCAUUCCUCUGGGGGGAGAUUGUUGGUAAGAAUCAUAUAAACAUCACGGAAAGUAAGAUUGUAUGACUGGGUAAUAUAGUGGAAUUCUUUGAUAAAGGUGGAAUGAUUAGCACUAUAGGAUCCCAAUCUUUUCUCUAUUUGGGAGAGUCCAGCUAAUGAGAAGGGGACAUGAACUUUGACUAAGCCAUCCACCCUGGCAACUUCCCACAAGUGGAGAACUGUAAUUGAUAUAUGUUGGAGAAUUAAAGGGGGUGUUCUCUUUGUGGAGCAGGAACGAGUAGGAGGAGGACUAGGGGCUGUUGGUGGUGUGCUGACGGUGAGUGCUAGGGAAAGCUGACUUGGGUGGCUUGUUACUGAGGGAGAGGAGGAAAUUGGAGGGCCAGCGCAAGAUGGGAAGCUGAGGGAACUUUUCAAGAGGGAGAGGGCUCAUCGGCUGGAUCAAAAGUAGUGCAGGGAUCGCCCUGUUUAUACUUCCUAGCCAGAAGGAAUUGAGUGGGAGAACAGGAGGAGCAGAGAGAAGGCUUUGAGUGGAGUAGAGAGAAAUCCUGGAAAUAGAAAAUCUCUUUCCAUUUUUCCAAUUGCUCACAGUAGUUGUAAAAGUCUCAAAUAAUUUUGGGAUCUUGGGUGUCGUUACGUGGCCAUUUGGACUGAUUAUCUAAGUGGUAUUUACACCAAAUUCGAUUGCAAGAGCAAAUAAAUUUAGGUCUCUUCAGUUCAGGUUUCAGGUUUAGAGGCUGGAGGUUUUCUAAGAGGCACCCCAAGGGGGAAUGGGAGGGUAUGGAUGAUGCUGUUCCCAUGGAUGAGAAGGGAAAAUUCACUGCAACCUGAAGUCAACAGCUUCCCCAGGACUCAGAGAGGACCUAGGAAGUAGGACCAAGCCAUUCGGAGGGUUGUCACCCAACUCAAUGGCAGUCAGGCUCUGGCCCUGGUACCGGGGCUUUCGUAGAGGUCCGAAGGCCAUAUACACCUCCCUGAUCAAGAGAAUUUCAGUAAGAAGACACUGUACGACUUUGUACUAUGUAAAAUAUUAGCCAGUGAGUACUGUUUCACAAACUUUGAGCUGACUAAACUGUCAACCAGCAUCGCCCACAUCUGGAUAGGAGAGUUCUCUAAUGGGAAAUUGAAUACUUAGUAGUAUUGUGCCCAAAUUCUCAACCCCAGAAUCAACAAGAGGCCCAUUUUGAUGCAAAAGCAAUGAGUCUUUUAUUGCAAUUGUUUAACAGGAUAAUCCUAUUAGCUCAUGACUUUCAUCCAUCCACCACAGCAGAUGGCUAGGGAAAGACCCCAAGAUACCACCGGAGAGUGAUCAUAUAGGGCAGCGUAAGGGGAGUGUCUAGGGGUACACACAGGCUCAGGACUGGUGUGCUUCCAGGCUUGGAGGACUUGCCCUGUGUUAAUUAGUCAACUGGUUGUUAUGGCCCAUAGGCCCUCCCAGGGUGGUUGCUAUGCUCUGCUGUGCACUUGUAUGUAAAGCACACCCAGAGCCAUGAAGUAUAGCCCCACUAGCUAUUUCUGAUUGGUUCCUUGCCAGGAGGUGGACAUCUGAACUCCUAGUAACCAUGGCAAAGUCAGGCAAGCAUGUGUUAGACUGUUAUGGCUGCCAAAAUGGAAGUUGGUUCCUUCAGUAUUUCAAGCAAUCAUCCAUGAAAUAUAUACCCAUCAAUUCUCUGUUUUUUCAUUUACAUGGAAAGAAUUAAUGCAUGCAGGAAAUUGUAAAUAGAGAAAGUAAUUCGCCAUGCCGCAUCAGUCCUUCAUAAUGUAGACCCCUGCAUCUCAGGGCCUCCAAUUUCAGACUGUGAUCUUGCUACCAUCUCUUUUAUUUCCCCUGAAGUGUACACAGUGCACUGUUUCCUCCUCUUCUGGUCUGAAGGGAAAAACCAUGCUUCAAUCACAGUUCUUUUCCCUGUUCUGCAAUGGACAACCCACUAUGUGACUCAAACUAGUCAUUUUAACACUCUGUAGUGCUGCAGAUUUUUAAUCCAAUAUUUAGGGUUUAUCAGGAUAACAAGAGCAAUGCCCUGUGGAGCUACAGACAGGGUUCAAGUUCACUCAAUCAUUAUAGGAGACCUUGUCACAAAACUUCUUUUCAAAAGACUGGAGAUGCAGCACUUCUAGAAUCAGUAUAUCUUUAUGGCACACCAGGACUUAAUGGUUGGUUGUAACCCUGUAAUGGUCCCUUGAGUAGCAUUUAUAGGUCUGCUGUUUUAAUGGAGGGAUAGACAUUUCUGCUGUUUUUAAAUUGAGGUUGUCUCCUUUGUUGCUGGAAUGUAGCUGGUUAAACCCCAGGAAGAAAAAAAAAACAAUUACUUCUAAUCAUACUGUAUUCUAAUAGUCAUGGUUAGCACACUAAUUGUCUUGGGAGUGUUUGGGAUACAGUCCUCCAUUACCUAAAUUCUAUUUUUUUGGCUUAAUGUCUCCUAAGAACUGGUAAAUCUCUAUAUUAAUGUCGCAGUUUACAGUGGAAUGCUCCUCUACACAGGAAAUAUUGUCUAUAAGCUCCACAUAAUUAACUCCAAUUGUAUUCAAAACAUAAACCUUAAACUUUCAAAGUGAAGAAUUUUUAGAAGAUACUAAAGGGACCAGGGCUUUCUGAGUUUGACAAAUCUGUAUCUCAUAGAAACAUCACAAGCACUAAGGGCCCCUGCAUUUGACAAUGAUGUCAACAAGAAUAUUUCAAAUCCCAGUCCCAAUCCUAAUGCUCUUCACAGGCACACCCAGCCAAGUGAAUAUACUCAGAUUCUGCCACCUGGCCCAAAGAAUUGCAAAGAUGAUGCAGGACCCUUAGGAUCACACAGAAGUAACCUCAAGCAUGCAUGACCAUUAGGAAUAUACAGGAUACUACAAGACCAGGCAGGAACAUGGUAAACUCUGUGUCUAGCCUCUUACUCCCACCCAGCCAUGGGAGGACACUCCACAUUGGUUCCCAGGGCUCGACUGGGCAAUUCUCCCAGUCUGGGGAUAGUAGCCCCAAGCUCUCCAUGCCAUGUCUUCCCAGCUUCUCUAAGCUCAGUUCCCUGCAGCAGCACACACAGCACAGCACACAAGACCACCAUAACUGUUUCUCUGCAAAGCCAAGCCUGGAGAUAGCAGCAGGAAAGACCAAGCACAACUUCUGACUGGCAGAUAACCUGGAGCGCCUGAUUGCCUAAAACAGGGGUAUUCUGUGCAGCCAUAAAACUCAUUCUGUAGAUCAUGCACUCUACCAUCUCGUUCAUGUAAAGAAUCUUAAAUAAAGCAGCUGUGGUUUUUUCCCCCUGCCGAUGGAGGAAGAUGUGCUGUCUAACAAUAGAGCUCAUUACCACAUUCUUUAUCCACUAAGCUCCUUUAUCCACUAAGUAUUCAAAUUUCCAUGAACACUCCUCUUUUUAUUAUUAUUCAUUUGCUUAGAGUUUGUCCUCAAUUUCAGGAAUAACCUGAAAGCAAUGGAGCCAUCUUGCAGCCUUCUGAAGGGAGGAAGACCUAUUUUUGUUUGAGAUCUGGUUCUUUCUUUUCUUUCCUGGUUGUCUGAAGUCCCUGGGACAACUAGCAUGAAACCACAGAACAAUUAUCUCUGUUUCUGUCCUUAAAUCUCUCUUUCAUUUUGAAUAUUCUGGCCACUCUUCCACCUGUGGGACAGGGAAUCACUCCACCCACCCAGUAUGGUGGGCUGUACAAGCUAGCUAGUCAUGUUAUUGUUAUGAGGAAAGCGUCAUUCUAGCCACUGGCUUCCAUAUACCCAAAUAGUCUGUAAUGUUAUGGUGGAAGUUCCACCCAAGCUCCUUUCCUCCAUCUCCCACCAAAACCUGCUGAAUCUCAGAAAGGAAAAUAAUGACACUUCCCACGGAGAUGCUCAUGAACAUUCCCCUGGGGUACUUAAACAGUCACCCAGAAACCAGACUGGUGGAUUUUUAUGUCUCCCAUUCCCAUUUCCUCUCUGGGGUGCUUCAAUGCCAUCCAUCAGUGCCGUAUCCAUUAAACGUGAGCUUUUUCCUUUUUUUCCGUUUAAAUAAAUAUAUUUCUUGUAACUUU